CCCACCGGCUUCCGGCCGGCCCGGGGAAUCCCCGCCCACUCGCGCGCGCGCGCGCGGCGUGACGGCGGGGUGUUGAAAAGCGCGGCGCGGAGCAGGGACGCUGCUGUUCCACGCAUUCUCUCCCCGCCGGCGCCAUGUACAGAAAACACCUCCAGGAGAUCCCAUCCUCCAGCAGCAAUGUUUCCACCAGCUCUACGUGGGACAGGGACUCCAGCAAGAUCUCGGAGUCUCAAUCCGGCACGGGAGUGCCUGUCCUUAAGAAGGACAAGCCAGGCAAUGAAAAUGUGCUGCAGGACUUGCUGGUGUCGUUGCACUGUCCGCCUCAGAAACGGCAGAGGGUGAAGGAGAAGGGAAGGAGCUUUGUCACUGUGCGCUGGCCCCGGCUGUUCCAAGAACCAGAGUCAGGUGCCACUUGGGAUGUACUUCCAGAUGAAUUGCUUUUGGCAAUCUUUGCAUAUUUGCCCCUAAAUGACUUGCUAAAAGCUUCCCUGGCUUGCAAAAGAUGGCAUCGUCUUUUGUUUGAUGAAUCUCUCUGGCAGACUCUCGAUCUGACUGGUACAAAUUUGGUGCCAGGAGUGAUUGGACAGGUGCUGUCUGCAGGUGUUACUGUAUUCCGCUGCCCAAGAUCUUGUAUUGGGAGUCCGUUGUUCAAAACAAGAAAACCUCUCAGAGUUCAACAUAUGGAUUUGUCAAACUGUGCAGUGUCUAUUGCAGACCUCCAGAGUAUUCUUUGUCAGUGUGAAAGGCUGCAGAACCUUAGCUUGGAGGGACUAGUGCUUUCUGAUGACAUCAUCAAGAGCAUUGCUAAGAAUUCCAGUCUGAAGCGACUAAAUCUCUGUGGGUGCUCAGGGUUUUCUGCAGAAGCUUUGGAGCUGAUGUUGACCCUCUGUUCUAAGCUGGAGGAGCUGAACUUGUCCUGGUGUGACUUCACAGCCGCCCAUGUCAAAGCAACAGUGAAUCAUGUUACUUCAAAAGUAACCCACUUAAAUUUAAGUGGAUACAGGCAGAAUCUACAAAUACCAGGUGGACUGACUCUGUGUGACCUGUUUUCAGAUGUUAAAACACUGGUGGAAAGAUGCCCUUUUAUCGUCCAUUUAGAUCUAAGUGACAGUGUGAUGUUGAAGUGUGAGUGCUUCCAAUAUUUUCAUCAACUCUUCUUUCUAGAACAUCUGUGUCUUAGCCGAUGUUACCAGAUAUCACCUGCUGACUUAGUAGAACUUGGUCAAAUUCCAACAUUAAAGAUUCUUCAGGUAUAUGGAAUAGUGACUGAUAGCUCCCUGAAGCUCCUCAAGGAAAUGCUUCCUGACAUGAACAUCAAUUGCUCCCCCUUUACAAGUAUCGCAAGGCCAACUGUUGGCAGUAAAAAUCAUGAGAUUUGGGGCAUCAAAUGCAGAUUGAUGCUGAGAAACCCUAGUGGCAUAUAAUCAUUUACUGCAUGCGACGGACACACUGUGUGAAGCUCCUUAAGAAGCAGGAUGCUGGAGCACCUUUAAUCAUAGUACUGUUAUUGUAAAAAGCAUUCUAACUUUGUCUGAUGCCUUAAUGUAAUUUUAUAAAUAUUUGUAUGCUUUUUUACUUAUAGCUUUUAGAAAUUGUGAGCAAUUUUAGAAUCUUUAAGUCUUCUGACAUGGGAUUUUUUUAAAAAAUAUUAUGAAACAAUCAUUGUAAUUAAGCAAUGUCAGCCUCCAGUAACUGUUGCAGGUUCUGAUGCAGCUUAUGUUGCUCUAGGGGGUUCUAAAGGUGCUUUUGGUUACUUCUUCCUGACCUACAAUUAAGGCUUCUUAAGAAAUUGUCUUCAUUUAAGUUUACAAACUCAAAAUGAGUUAUGGUAUUAAACCUAGUCAAACCCUUAGUUGACCAAGAUACAUAGUAAAAUGAGAAGCUGCUUGCUUAUGAGAGGGAUAGAAGACUGAGUUUGAGUUCAUCAAACUUGAAAACAGUAAAUAGGGGAAGGGCUGUCUAAACAAAAGCAGCUAAGAGACAGCUCAAUACUGUGCAAGUUAAGAAGCACUAUAAAGGAGCUACAGUGAAGUUUUUCUUUAGCAGGCCACAAAGGUAACAUCUGUUUUUAGUAUGCUUCAUUGUUAGCAAAAUACAGUCUGAAAAGUCCAUUCAGAAUAAGCAUCUGUAAAAGUAGAUGCUGUCACCAAUUGUUUCAUAUUGUGGUGCUAGGUUUUCUGAUUUAAUAUUGCAGAACCUUAAUGUAGCUUCUGGGAGCUUGAUCUCAGAUAAAAACUCUUAAAAAUAUUCCCUUUCUUCCUUUACAGAAUAAGAUCUUUCAGCUGCAGCUGAUAAAUUGGCAGACAUCUUGCUUGAGGAGGGUCUAAUGGCUUGAGAUCUCAGACCAAAAACAAAACUUGGGAAUGCAGUGUAAGAGAGGUGAAAGGAAGAGAUCAGUUUCUCUUUUAUAACAGCUUAUGUCUGUAGUAUCAUUUCACUUCUUGUAUCUGGAACACUAACCACUACUGCCUAGUGCUCUUUUUUUAAAGACGGAUGAAAAGCUGAGUAACUGUCAAAAAACCCAUACCAAAAGAAAAACAACCAACCAAAAAAAAACCUGAAGGAUUGGGACAGCUAAUGACUUUAAAUAAAACUUUCAUCUGGGUCUGUCAUCAGGUUCCUUGUGCGUGAGCCUAGAAUGUUUCAGCACAUGUGUUAAUUGAGAAGUCCUAAGGCAAAACUUGCACUGUGUAGGGCAGGAAUAUGCUGUUGUUCUCAUGACUGCAGUAAGUGAACAGGUGGUGAAUUUCAUCAUGGAUGUUUAAGGUUAGCCUGCAGCAUUACUGUAGGGCUGUUGCAUAGGUAUAGUGUUUCUCAUCUAAAUCUGAAGAGUUGAAGAAUACCUGCUAGUACACAGCAGAUUGAUUACUGUGCAAAGAUUAUAUGAGUACUAGAAUCUGAUAUUUGACUUUCUAUAGUAUAAAGCAUUAUCUUAAUGUAAGGUUUUUUUAAUUGAAUUUUAAGAGUAAGUAACACUUGAGUAACUAACGGGCUUGUGCCCCUUACAAAGGAGUUAAUGGGGAACAUAUGUUGUGAAAGCUGGAGUGGAGAAGUGAUGGGAGGUUGGAGGAUACUGGAUAUUCUGCUGCUUCAGUUUGCAGCCUUAGUUUUAUGCCUUAAAUUACUUCAAGAAAUAAGUAGAUCUUUGCAGCACAGCACUGUUCUAAAUUUUUCUAUGUAUAAUGUAACCUCAUACAACUUCCCUUGCGUUUAUUAAACUUCUAAGGAAUUGUUAUAUUGUACAGUAUGACUGACAGAUGGGAGAACACUUUCCCUGCCUUCCCACCAACUUUGUGUCAUGGGUUAAAAAAAAAAGAGAUUUGUCCAAGCAAUGUCUGAACAAUGGUGGUUUAGAGGACAGGGUGUUAUCACCAAUACAUUUUGCAUUUAAUUGACUACAGAA